AUGAAAAAAGUCCUGAUAUCAGGUGGCACCGGUUUUGUCGGUGCAGCCAUCGCCAGAGCUCUUGCAGAGAAACAUCCCGACUGUGCCAUCACCAUCAUAGAUAUCAAGCCACCUGGGCCGGUGCAUACCGUACCAGAUGGUAUUGAAUACAUUAAGGUCGAUGUUACUAUCCAGGAGGAGGUCAGCAAGGCCAUAGAGCGAGCCAGACCGGAUGUUAUUAUCCACGCGGCCGGAAUUGUUCCAGCCCUGAGUGAACGAUUUGGAAGAAGGCUUGAAGGGCAUGUUUGGAAGACUAAUGUUAGAGGAACAGAGCAAAUCUUGCAGGCCGCUAAACAGAGUGGAGCCAAGGGCUUUAUUUACACCAGUUCUUGCUGUGUGGUGACGGAUCAAAUGGGUGUACCGUACCACAACAUCGAUGAAAAAUGGCCUACACCCUCCUCCUCACUCAUCUAUGGCGAGUCAAAGGUUGAUCUCCCUCAGGCUGCUGCAGAAGCUAUGGUUCUCAAUGAAUCAAGCGACACAAUGGCCACAUGUUCUCUCCGGCCUUCUGUGCUAUGCGGACCGGGAGACGACCGGUUGGUCCCUGCAAUACAUGCAUGUAUAGCCAAGGGCGAAACCCCGUUCAUCGUCGGCGAUGGCCAGAAUCUGUGGGAUGUGACUUAUGUUACCAAUGUUGCCGAUGCCCAUGUCCUGGCUGCUGAGAAUUUGAUGUCUUCAAAGACUGCAGCCGGUGAAGUCUUCUUUAUUCAAAAUAAUGAACCCAUCACCUUUAGGGACUUUUGCCUUGCCAUAUGGGCUCAUUUUGGCCACACGCCACCAUUUGAGAUUCACAUCCCCGAGGCACUGGCUUAUCUUGUUGGCUUGAUCUGUGAAUUCUUGACAUGGGUCUUUGGAACAACCACUACCUUGAGCCGCGGCAGUGUCCGGGAUGCAUGCUCUGUUCGUUAUGCCAGCGGCGAGAAAGCAAAGCUGAUACUAGGGUACCUACCCCAAGUCGGGAUCGAAACGGGUGUUCGGCUCAGUUGUGAGGAUUAUGCUCGACGUAUGGGGAUCGAAUCACCAAUGCAGCAAGCAUGUAGGAAGGGUGAAUGA